AUUAACUCAGGUCGUUGCUAAAGUCAUUCAAUUUCGUCUGCUAAUACCCUUGGGUACACGUACACACUUACCGCUACUUUGGCCCUGACUCCGGACUUGACGGUGUCACGUUGCAACUUGCGUUGACCAGCAACACAGCAACCCAGCAAACUGUGCAACAACAUGAUGUCGCUGCGUGGAACUAUUAACAUUUUCUGUAUUUUAUUGCUGUGUCUUCUGAUGGGGCAAGAAGGUAUUUCCGUUGAGCUGCGACGAGAUGAAACGUACCCACCGCCAGAGCUGCUGAAGGAAUUGGCACCGGUACACGACAGUUGUGUGCAGAAGACCAGCGUCACCGAAGCGGCAAUUAAGGAGUUCAGCGAUGGCGAGGUUCACGAGGACGAAAAGCUGAAAUGCUACAUGUACUGUGUGUUUGACGAGACGGAUGUCCUGCACGAGGAUGGCGAGGUGCAUCUGGAGAAAUUGCUGGAUCGCUUGCCGGACUCAAUGCACGACAUUGCGGUAAACAUGGGCAAACGGUGUCUCUAUCCCAAGGGCGACACAAAAUGCGAGCGCGCAUUCUGGUUGCACCGCUGCUGGAAGCAGGCGGAUCCCAAGCAUUACUUUCUCAUUUGACGCGUUGACGAGGACGAGGACAAAGCGACACGGACCUGGAAAGUACAAGUAAUAUUGUGGCUUAUGAUUUAUGUUUAUAUUUUCGGUAUUAGUUGUUUCAUAUUUAAGCAUUUUGCA